UUUAGCUUAAAAGCUUCUUCUCUCGGCGGAGCAGUUUCAGUCUGAAGGAACCUGCUGCUCUGUGAACAUAUCUGUGGGGGAAAAUAACUGCUGUUUGGACACAAAUACCUGCCAGCAGCUUGGUGUCAGUGAAAUGACCAGUCAGUGACCGGCCGCUGUACCCCCCGACCGCUGACGCGUCUGUCUGCGCCGCAGCGCCUCUUGUUCUGCAUCUGUGGCCUCGUUGUUUGUAGACGCGGGCUGGUGUUUGCCUGCAGCUGGAUGUGCGAUGUGUGGACGCUCCCCCCACCCGUGUCUGCUGCUGUGGAUCGUUGCUGCAGGAAUCUCUGCAGCUCUAUGUGAAGUCAAAACGGCGGGCAGCCUGACGGUUGAGGCGGGCAGCGCUGCCUCGCUCACCUGCAACAUCUCCCUGGCGACCGGGGAAGUCGUCCACCAAGUGCGUUGGCUGAACAGGCACAAGGUGCCUCUCCUGACCUACGAGCCCCCGGCCCGCAUCAGCCACAGCCAAGCCCACGUGCAGCUCACCUCCUCCCCCCGAAACGCCAGCUCCAUCACCAUCAGGAGGGUGCGGCCCGACGACGGCGGCUGUUACCGCUGCGUCUUUGACGUCUACCCCUCCGGGAGUCAGGAGGGCUCGACCUGCAUCAGCGUCACUGGUAAAGUGCACCUGGAGGGGAACCGGACGGCCGUCAGCGGGAAACCCGUCUCCCUCUCCUGCUGGUACAGCCUCCCCGAGCGGGUCAGCCAGGUGCUGUGGACCAAGACGAGCGAGCAGGGCGACAGCACCACCGUGGCGUCCUACUCCAAGAGAGGCCACCACACGCCCGAGCCGUUCAGGGAUCGAGUCCGGCUGAGUCCCACGCUGGGAGACAGCCGGCUGACCGUCCUGAGCGUCCGCACGGAGGACGAGGCCUGCUACACCUGCCAGUUUCACACCUACCCGGACGGAACCAGGAGCUCCACGGCCUGCCUCUCCGUCUACGUUCUACCCCAACCCCAGCUGACCCACGCGGUGUCAUCCCCCGGCGUCACCGAGGCCAACUGCACUGCCCAGUCUCGCCCGCCCGCCGAGAUCACGUGGGAGGUCGGCGACGAGAACCGCACGUUAGGGGUGCCCGUUUCCUCGGCCUACGAGCACGGCGACGGCACGACCACGGUGACCAGCACGCUGCUCUUCCAGUCGGGGCUGCUGGGCGACAUGGCGGUCAAAUGUGUGGUCCGUCACCCGGGGCUGGAGAAGCCGCUGAUACUGAUGCUGGACUCAGACGUGUGCCCGGCCAUCAUCGUCCUCCUUUCGGUGUGCGGCGUGGCGGCGGUUCUCCUCCUGUGUCUGUGCGUGUGUCUCUGCAAGUGCUUCAUCUGCACCCAAGGCAAGUCCAGCGUCUGAACGACUGAUCGGUUCUGCCUCCAUGAAGGUCUGGUGGAGAUGUGACCCGGCUGCUCAGAACCGUCCCCUCAGCAGGAUUGGCUCUGUGGAGACUUCUGGACACUUAAAAACACAUUUUUAAUGCUAGAAACCCCACCGUGUGAAGACUAGACACUGUGACAUCACUCUGUGAGAGGCGUGGCCAAACUCCUCACAGGUGAGUGGAAAUGUGGACUGAUCUCCUCCAGAAGCACACCGAGAAGAACCAAAGUGCUCCUCUGACGGAGCAGAGACUCUCUGGAGACACUUGAGGUGUUGACGCUAAAGCAGACUCACCUGAGAACGCACCUAUGGUCACUCGGAGGAGAAGGAAUCCAACAAAUGAUAGUUUUCCUUUUGAAAGAGGAAAACCCGAUUCGGGUUCAGUUCACCAUUACUGUAAGUCACUGUACGUGGAAACAGCGUUAUGUUUAUUUUAGUGAGUGGGACUCAGCGGGGCGGGCGGGCGGGGGUCUUUGUGGUUUCCACCAGCGUAGGAAAGGUUUUCUACGUGCUGAAAGGCGAACACGUCUGUAGAAACGCCUGUUUGUGCAGCUGCUGCAGACUUGCCGCCACACCGUCACUGCACUGAAGAACACGUUUUAGACUUUAACCGCCUCCAGCUCCUGCUGCACUCAUGUGUAUGUGUGUGUAAAUAUAAAGGUAUUUUUAAAGUAAAAUUAUUAAUAAAUAAUCCUAAGAAAUGAA